CUUCCAUUGAGAGCCAUGCACAAACACAGCCCGGGUCCCUGACAGGCUGGAUGAAAUGAGAUCCCCAUGUAGCGAUUGCCAUGGAAACCUGUGACUCCCCUCCUAUCUCAAGGCAGGAAAAUGGGCAGAGCACAUCAAAGCUGUGUGCAGCGACACAACUUGAUAAUGAGGUGCCAGAGAAAGUUGCAGGCAUGGAGCCUGACAGGGAACACGGCUCCGCCGAUGGCAACCUGAACGCCGCCGCCGCCAACGCCGAGGAGCCGCGCGCCCAGGACGGCUCGCUGGGCCUGGGCCUGGGCCUGGGCCUGGGCCUGGGCGGCGAGCAUGCGGCCUCCGCCGCCACGCAGGUGGCCGCGGCCAAGGCCAAGGCCAAGGAGAUCCCCUGCCACGAGUGCGCCGGCUCCUUCCCCAGUUUGCAGAAGUACAUGGAGCACCACUGCCCCAACGCCCGCCUGCCCGUCCUGAGGGACGACCACCACCACCACCACCACCACCCCCACCACGAGAGCGAGGUCAGCGAGCUGGAGGACAGCGACGUGGAGAACCUCACCGGGGAGAUCGUGUACCAGCCCGACGGCUCCGCGUACAUCAUCGAGGACGCCCAGGAGGCCGCGGGGCCGCACGCGCCGCCGCCGGCCACCGGGGCGCACGGCCCGCUGCUCUCGGCGGCCCGGUUCCUGGACUCCCUGGCCACCUCGGCGGCCGCGGCCGGGGACAAGGGCGACCAGGCGGCCACCGCCGCCGCCGCCCCGCUGUCCUUCUACCCGCAGAUCAUCAACACCUUCCACAUCGCUUCAUCCCUCGGGAAACCGUUUGCAGCCGACCAGGCUUUCCCAAAUACCUCAGCCCUGGCAGGAGCCGGUCCUGUGUUGCACAGCUUCCGCGUCUACGACCUCCGGCACAAGCGGGAGAAGGACUAUCUCGCCAGUGACGGCUCGGCCAGGAACUCCUGCGUGUCCAAAGAUGUCCCCGGCAACGUGGACCUGUCCCGCUUCGACGGCUGCGUGAGCGACGGCAAGAGGAAGCCCGUGCUCAUGUGCUUCCUGUGCAAGCUGUCCUUCGGCUACACGCGCUCCUUCGUCACGCACGCCGUGCACGACCACCGCAUGACCCUCAACGACGAGGAGCAGAAGCUCCUCGGCCACAAGGGCGUCUCCGCCAUCAUCCAGGGGAUCGGCAAGGACAAGGAACCUCUGAUAAGCUUUCUGGAACCAAAAAAACCCACCUCUGUGUACCCCCACUUUUCUACCACAAACCUCAUGGGCCCCGACCCCACCUUCCGCGGCCUCUGGAGCGCGUUCCACGUGGAGAACGGCGACGCCCUGCCGCCGGCCUUCGCCUUCUUGAAAGGAAGCCCGGGCCUGGCGGCGGCGGCGGCGGCGGCGGCGGCGGCGGCUGCGUCCUCGUCGUCGUCCAGCCCCGCGGAGCAGCAGCAGCAGCCGCUGGGGGUCACCCCAAUGCCAAAGGCGGACGUGAGCCUCGGGGGGCUGGCUAGCCUCGUGGUGAACACCCCGAUUACCUCUGUCUCCCUCGGCCACCCCUCGUCCGAGUCCAGCAAGGUGUCCGAGAGCCAAGACCAAGAGAACAACUGUGAACGGCCCCAGGGGAGCCCCGCGGGGCACCCCGGGGGGGGGGGCGGCGGCGGCGCCGAGUGCCCCGUCAAACGCGAGCCCCCCGAGGCGGGCGACGAGGACGAGGAGGAGGACGCCUACUCCAACGACCUGGACGACGAGGAGGUGUUAGGCGAACUCACCGAUGGUAUUGGUAACAAAGAUUUCCCUCUCUUAAACCAAAGCAUUUCUCCUUUAUCAUCCAGCGUGCUAAAAUUCAUCGAAAAGGGCCCCCCGUCCUCCUCCUCCUCCUCCUCUUCUUCCUCCUCUUCUUCCUCCUCCUCCUCCUCCACCUGCGCGAUGGGCUCCGACGACCCGGAGAAGAAGAAGCAGACGGCCGCCCCCCGGGCCCAUCCCUACGGCCUGGGUGGCCCAGGCAAGGACCUGGCGGAGGCCGGUGCCGGCAAAGACAGCGCCGCCGCCGCGGCCCCCCACCCCUGCGACCCGGGCCGGGGCGACGAGGACGGCGCGGCCCCCCCUCACCAGCACGGCUUGGCGCCCAGUGCGCCCGGCACCCCGGGGCCCGGAGGGGACGGCUCCCCCGGCAGCGGCAUCGAGUGCCCCAAGUGCGACACGGUGUUGGGGUCCUCGCGGUCCCUGGGCGGCCACAUGACCAUGAUGCACUCCAGGAACUCGUGCAAAACCCUCAAGUGUCCCAAAUGCAACUGGCACUACAAAUACCAGCAGACCCUGGAGGCCCACAUGAAGGAGAAGCACCCGGAGCCCGGGGGCUCGUGCGUGUACUGCAAGACCGGCCAGCCGCACCCCCGGCUCGCCCGGGGCGAGAGCUACACGUGCGGCUACAAGCCCUUCCGCUGCGAGGUGUGCAACUACUCGACCACGACCAAAGGCAACCUCAGCAUCCACAUGCAGUCGGACAAGCACCUGAACAACGUGCAGAACCUGCAGAACGGCACCGCCGGCGAGCAGGUGUUCGGCCACGCCGCGCCCGCCCCCAACGCCAGCCUCAGCGGCUGCGGGACCCCCUCGCCGUCCAAGCCCAAGCAGAAGCCCACCUGGCGCUGCGAGGUGUGCGACUACGAAACCAACGUGGCGCGGAACCUCCGGAUUCACAUGACCAGCGAAAAGCACAUGCACAACAUGAUGCUCCUGCAGCAGAACAUGAAGCAGAUCCAGCAUAACCUGCACCUGGGCCUGGCGCCGGCCGAGGCGGAGCUCUACCAGUACUACCUGGCCCAGAACAUCGGCCUGACCGGGAUGAAGCUGGAGAGCCCUGCCGACCCCCAGCUGAUGCUCAGCCCCUUCCAGCUGGACCCGGCCACGGCGGCCGCCCUGGCCCCGGGACUCGUAAAUAAUGAGCUGCCGCCUGAAAUCCGGCUUGCCAGUGGUCAGCUAAUGGGUGAUGACCUGUCCCUCCUUACUGCAGGAGAGCUGUCACCUUAUAUCAGUGACCCGGCAUUGAAGCUAUUCCAGUGUGCUGUGUGCAACAAAUUCACCUCUGACAGCCUGGAGGCCCUGAGCGUGCAUGUGAGCAGCGAGCGCGCUCUCCCCGAAGAGGAGUGGAGGGCUGUAAUUGGAGAUAUCUACCAGUGCAAGCUCUGUAACUACAACACGCAGCUCAAAGCCAACUUCCAGCUCCACUGCAAGACCGACAAGCACAUGCAGAAGUACCAGCUGGUGGCUCACAUUAAAGAAGGAGGCAAAAGCAACGAGUGGAGGCUCAAGUGCAUCGCCAUUGGCAACCCCGUCCACCUGAAGUGCAACGCCUGUGACUACUACACCAACAGUGUGGAUAAGUUACGCCUGCACACCACCAAUCACAGGCACGAGGCGGCCCUGAAACUCUACAAGCACUUGCAAAAGCAAGAGAGUGCGGUCAGCCCGGAGUCCUGCUAUUACUACUGUGCCGUGUGCGAGUACUCCACCAAGGUCAAGCUGAACCUGGUGCAGCACGUGCGCUCGGUGAAGCACCAGCAGACCGAGGGCCUGCGCAAGCUCCAGCUCCACCAGCAAGGCCUGGCCCCCGAGGACGACAACCUCGGCGAGAUCUUUUUUGUGAAAGACUGCCCACCAAGUGAGCUCGAAUCUGCCUCUUUGGGAGCCAGGACCUGUGAGGAUGACCUGACGGAGCAGCCGCUGAGAGUGACCUCAGAAGAACCAAGUGAGGAGGCAGAAGGACCGCUUAAGCCGACACCGGCGGCCGAGGAGGAUGAGAAAGACACAAAUGAGAGAGACCCUGGUGAAGGCAAAAACUCCUCCAGUAAAGACCCCGGAAUAAUCACACCAGAAAAGGAGCUAAAAGUCAGUGUGGCGGGAGUGACCCAGCCGCUCCUGCUGGCAAAGGAAGAAGAUGUCACAACAAAACGGUCAAAAGCUACAGAGGACAAUAAAUUCUGUCACGAACAGUUCUAUCAGUGUCCUUAUUGUAACUACAACAGUAGGGACCAAAGUCGCAUCCAGAUGCACGUCCUGUCGCAGCACUCGGUGCAGCCGGUGGUCUGCUGUCCCCUCUGCCAGGACGUCCUCAGCAACAAGAUGCACCUGCAGCUGCACUUGACGCACCUGCACAGCGUCUCCCCGGACUGCGUGGAGAAGCUGCUCAUGACGGUGCCUGUGCCCGAUGUGAUGAUGCCAAACAGUUUGCUGCUGCCCGCAGCUGCCUCUGAGAAACCCGAGCGGGACACGCCCGCAGCCGGCACAGCGGAGGGCUCUGGGAAGUAUUCGGGUGAGAGUCCAGUGGAUGACAAAAGUAUGGCAGGUCUUGACGAUGCCAAGGCCAGCGUGGAAAUCAAGAGCGAGGAGCAGAAACCAGCUAAAGAGCCCGUGGACGUGUCCGAGUGGAACAAAAACGGCAGCAAGGAUGUGAAAAUCCCCGACCCCCUGCCAGAUCCACUGAGCGAGCAGCAGAAGCGGCAGCCGCUGUCGGUGUCCGACCGCCACGUGUACAAGUACCGCUGUAACCACUGCAGCCUGGCCUUCAAGACGAUGCAGAAGCUUCAGAUCCAUUCCCAGUACCACGCGAUCCGGGCCGCCACCAUGUGCAACCUCUGCCAGCGGAGCUUCCGCACAUUCCAGGCUUUAAAAAAACACCUGGAGGCCGGCCACCCGGAGCUGAGCGAAGCCGAGCUCCAGCAGCUGUACGCCUCCCUGCCUGUGAACGGCGAGCUGUGGGCCGAGAGCGAAGCCCUGGCCCCGGACGACCCUGCCCUCGAGCAGGAGAUGGAGAGGGAGUACGAGGUGGACCAGGAGGGGAAGGCGAGUCCCGUAGGGAGUGACAGCAGCUCCAUUCCCGAUGACAUGGGCUCCGAACCAAAGCGGACCUUGCCCUUCAGAAAAGGGCCAAACUUCACGAUGGAGAAGUUCCUCGAUCCUUCCCGCCCGUAUAAAUGUACCGUGUGCAAGGAGUCCUUCACCCAAAAGAACAUCCUCUUGGUCCAUUACAAUUCCGUGUCCCACCUGCACAAGCUGAAAAAGGUGCUGCAGGAGGCCUCCAGCCCCGUGCCUCAGGAGACCCACGGCGGCGCCGACAACAAACCCUACAAGUGCAGCAUCUGCAACGUCGCCUACAGCCAAAGCUCCACCUUGGAAAUCCACAUGCGGUCGGUGCUCCACCAGACCAAGGCCAGGGCCGCCAAGCUGGAGCCCGGCGGCCCCGGCCUCGCGGCCAGCGUGGGCGGCCCCGGCCAAGGGCUGUUGGAGGCCAUGAGCUUAGCCUCGGUCAGCAGCAAAGAUACCCACUUAGAUGCCAAAGAAUUAAGUAAAAAGCCGGCCCCGGAACUCCUCUCCGCGCAGCCGCCGCACCACCCGCCGCAGUCACCAGCACAGAUCCAGAUGCAGCUCCAGCACGAGCUGCAGCAGCAGGCCGCCUUCUUCCAGCCCCAGUUCCUCAACCCGGCCUUCCUGCCGCACUUCCCCAUGACCCCCGAGGCUCUGCUCCAGUUCCAGCAGCCCCAGUUUCUCUUCCCUUUCUACAUCCCGGGCACGGAGUUCAGCCUGGGGCCCGAGCUGGGCCUGCCGGGCUCUGCCGCGUUUGGGAUGCCCGGCAUGGCGGGCAUGGCCGGAUCCUUGCUCGAAGACCUGAAGCAGCAGAUUCAGACCCAGCAUCACGUCGGCCAGACCCAGCUGCAGCUCCUCCAGCAGCAGGCACAGCAGUACCAGGCCCCGCAGCCCCCGCUGCCGUCCCAGAAGCCGCCCCCGCAGCAGCCGCCGCAGCCGCCAGCCGGCAAGCUCCUGAAACCAGACGCGGCCGGCCUGGCGGGGGCCGAGGGCCCGGCCGGGAAGGAUGGACCCUCUUACAAGGAGGCCGAAGAGAGCGCGGAGAAGCAAGACAAACCAAAGCAAGAAUUUCCAGGGGAAGGGGAAGGACUCAAAGAAGGCAAAGACGCCAAGAAGCCCAAGUCCCUGGAACCGUCCAUCCCGCCCCCGAGGAUCGCCUCCGGGGCCAGAGGGAAUGCGGCCAAGGCCCUGCUGGAGAACUUCGGGUUCGAGCUGGUCAUCCAGUACAACGAGAACCGGCAGAAGGUGCAGAAGAAGGGCCGGGCCGGGGACGGGGACGGCUCGGAGAAGCUGGAGUGCGGCACGUGUGGGAAGCUCUUCUCCAACGUCCUCAUCUUGAAGAGCCACCAGGAGCACGUGCACGGGCAGUUUUUCCCCUACGGAGCCCUCGAAAGGUUUGCUCGCCAGUACCGGGAGGCCUAUGACAAGCUUUACCCGAUCUCGCCACCUUCGCCGGAGACGCCCCCUCCGCCGCCCCCUCCUCCUCCCCCGCUGCCCCCAGCGCCCCCUCAGCCGUCCCCCCUGGGGCCGGUGAAGAUGCCAAGCUCGGUGUCUGCCCCCCUGCAGGCUCCGCCCCCCACCCCGCCGCCGCCCCCGCCGCCCCCUCCGCCCCCGCCGCCCCCCCCGCCGCCGCCUCCCUCGGCGCCCCCGCAGGUCCAGCUGCCCGUGUCCCUGGACCUCCCGCUCUUCCCCUCCAUCAUGAUGCAGCCCGUGCAGCACCCGGCGCUCCCCCCGCAGCUGGCCCUGCAGCUGCCCCAGAUGGACGCGCUGUCCGCCGACCUCACCCAGCUGUGCCAGCAGCAGCUCGGCCUCGACCCCAGCUUCCUGCGCCACUCCCAGUUCAAGCGCCCGCGGACCCGCAUCACGGACGACCAGCUCAAGGUCCUGAGGGCGUACUUCGACAUCAACAACUCCCCGGGCGAGGAGCAGAUCCAGGAGAUGGCGGAGAAGUCGGGCCUCUCGCAGAAGGUGAUCAAGCACUGGUUCCGCAACACGCUCUUCAAGGAGCGGCAGAGGAACAAGGACUCGCCCUACAACUUCAGCAACCCGCCCCUCACGGCGCUGGAGGACCUGCGCCUGGACCCGCAGCCCGCCCCGCUGGAGCCGUACAAGGCGGACGCGUCUUUCAGCAAGCGGUCCUCGCGCACCAGGUUCACCGACUACCAGCUCCGGGUCCUGCAGGACUUCUUUGACACCAACGCUUACCCCAAAGACGACGAGAUCGAGCAGCUGUCCACGGUCCUCAACCUCCCCACCCGCGUCAUCGUGGUGUGGUUCCAGAACGCGCGGCAGAAGGCGCGCAAGAGCUACGAGAACCAAGCGGAAGCCAAGGACGCGGAGAAGCGCGAGCUGACCAACGAGCGCUACGUCCGCACCAGCAGCCUGCAGUACCAGUGCAAGAAGUGCUGCGUGGUGUUCCCGCGCAUCUUCGACCUGAUCACGCACCAGAAGAAGCAGUGCUACAAGGACGAGGACGACGACGCGCAGGACGAGAGCCAAACCGAGGACUCCAUGGACGCCACCGACCAGGUGGUGUACAAGCACUGCUCGGCCGCCGGCCCGACGGACGCGGCCAGAAACGCCCCGGCCCCCCCGGCGGCCGGCUCUGGCUCCGGGACCAGCACCCCGCUGGUUCCGUCGCCCAAACCUGAGCCCGAGAAGACCUCCCCCAGACCUGAAUAUCCCACCGAGAAGCCAAAGCAGAGCGACCCCUCUCCCCCUGCUCAAGGUGCCAAGCCGGCCCCACCCUCCGCGUCCACCUCCUCCUCCUCCUCCUCCUCCUCCUCCUCCUCGGACCCACCGCAGGCCUCCUCGGCCGCCCCGCCCCAGCCCCCCAAGCCACCCCCGCUGAUGGGAAGACCCCCCUCGGCCUCGCAGACCCCGGUCCCGUCCAGCCCCCUGCAGCUGGCCCUGCCGCCCCUGCAGAACAGCCUACCUCCGCAGCUCCUGCAGUACCAGUGCGACCAGUGCGCCGUGGCCUUCCCCAGCCCGGAGCUCUGGCAGGAGCACCAGCACGUGCAUUUCCUCGCUGCUCAGAACCAGUUCCUCCACUCCCCCUUCCUGGAGAGGCCGCUGGACAUGCCCUACAUGAUCUUCGACCCCAACAACCCGCUGAUGACCGGGCAGCUGCUGAGUGGUUCUCUGGCCCAGAUGGCCCCGCAGGCGGGUGCCUCCCACCCCGCGGCCCCCGCCGCCGUGGCCGUGGCGGCCUCGCUGAAGCGGAAGCUGGAGGACAAGGAGGACCCCAACAACGGCAGCGAGAAGGAGGGAGGCCACAGCGGCGAGGACCAGCACCGCGACAAGCGCCUGCGCACCACCAUCACCCCCGAGCAGCUGGAAAUCCUCUACGAGAAGUACCUGCUGGACUCCAACCCCACGCGCAAGAUGCUGGACCACAUCGCCCGGGAGGUGGGCCUGAAAAAGCGGGUCGUGCAAGUCUGGUUCCAGAACACGCGCGCCCGGGAGCGGAAAGGCCAGUUCCGGGCCGUGGGGCCGGCCCAGUCCCACAAGCGCUGUCCCUUCUGCCGCGCCCUGUUCAAGGCCAAGUCGGCCCUGGAGAGCCACGUCCGCUCUCGGCACUGGAACGAGGGCAAGCAGGCCGGGUACAGCUUGCCCCCCAGCCCUUUGAUCGCCGCCGAAGACGGCGGGGAGAGCCCGCAGAAAUACAUCUACUUUGAUUACCCGUCCCUGCCGCUCACGAAAAUCGACCUGUCGAGCGAGCACGAGCUGGCGUCCACGGGGUCCACGCCCGUGAGCAAGACGGCGGAGCUGUCUCCCAAGCACCUGCUCAGCCCGUCCUCCUUCAAAGCGGAGUGCCCCGAGGACGUGGAGGCCCUGGGGGCCCCUCCCGCCGAGGCCGGGUACGACCCGGGUAAGCCCGACUUCGAUGAGACCUCAUCCGUCAACACCGCCAUCAGCGACGCCACCACGGGCGACGAGGGCAACGCCGAGGUGGAGUGCGCCCUGGGGGGCGGCUCUGCAGACGGGAAGCCGGCUCCGUCGCCCAGAGAGCCCAAAGCUCUUGACGCUUUGCCCAAAGCAGCCACCACGCCCACCGCCGAGGUCUGCGAGGAGAAAUUCCUCUUCUCGCUCACCAGCCCCUCCAUGCAUUUCAACGACAAAGACGGCGGUGACCACGACCAAAGCUUUUACAUCACCGAUGACCCCGACGACAACGCCGACCGCAGCGAGACGUCCAGCAUCGCCGACCCGAGCUCCCCAAAUCCCUUUGGGUCCGGCAACCCUUUCAAGUCCAAAAGUAGCGACCGGCCGGGUCACAAGCGUUUCAGAACUCAGAUGAGCAACCUGCAGCUCAAGGUCCUCAAGGCGUGCUUCGGGGACUACCGCACGCCCACCAUGCAGGAGUGCGAGAUGCUGGGCGGCGAGAUCGGCCUGCCCAAGCGCGUGGUGCAGGUGUGGUUCCAGAACGCCAGGGCCAAGGAGAAGAAAUUUAAAAUCAACAUCGGGAAGCCUUUCAUGAUCAGUCAGGGCGGAAGCGAGGGCUCCAAGCCGGAGUGCACCCUGUGCGGGGUCAAGUAUUCCGCCCGCCUGUCCGUCCGAGAUCACAUCUUCUCCAAACAGCACAUCGCGAAAGUGAGGGAGACCGUCGGGAGCCAGCUGGAUCGGGAGAAGGAUUACUUGGCUCCCACCACCGUUCGGCAGCUGAUGGCCCAGCAAGAGCUUGACCGGAUCAAGAAAGCUUCGGAUGUGCUGGGCUUGGCGGUGCAGCAGCCGAGCAUGGUGGACAGCGGCCCUCUCCACGGCAUCAGCCUCCCCGCAGCCUACCCGGGACUCCCUGCGCUUCCUCCCGUCCUCCUCCCUGGAAUGAACGGCCCGUCCUCCUUGCCCGGGUACCCACAGAAUUCAAACACUUUAACGCCUCCCGGCGCAGGCAUGCUUGGGUUUCCCACUUCAGCAGCUUCGUCUCCUGCCCUGUCUCUCAGCAGUGCCCCCACCAAACCGUUGCUGCAGACUUUACCGCCUCCACCACCGCCUCCUCCUCCAUCCUCUCUGUCAGCACAGCAGACCGAGCCGCAGAACAAAGAAUCGGAGAAAAAGCAAAGUAAGCCAAACAAGGUCAAAAAAAUCAAAGAGGAGGAACUGGAAGCCACCAAACCCGAAAAACACCCCAAAAAAGAGGAAAAAAUCUCAUC